AUGUCUGCUCAGCAGGACACCAAGGCGCUCGACGCCGCCAUCCUCGCCUACCUCGUCGCCCGCGGCCUCACCCGCUCGACGAAGGCGUUCGAGAAGGAGGCUUCGGCCACCCAGGGCACCAAGGGCUCGCUCGAGGCCGCAUGGUCCGCUGGCCAGCCCAAGAAGGAGGCCGACAGCGACUCGGACUCGGACUCGUCGUCCGACUCGGAGAGUGAGAGUGAGGAGGAGAAGAAGGACGUCGAGAAGGCUGAAGUUACUCCCAAGCAGGUCGCUCCCGCCCAGGUCCCCCUUCCUGAGAGCUCUUCCGACUCGUCGUCGUCGGACUCGUCAGACUCGGAUUCGGGUUCCGAGUCGGACACUGAGAGCUCGGACAGCGACUGUGACAGCGACUCGGACUCGGACAGCGACUCGGAGGACGUCAAGCCCAAGGUGGAGAAGGCCGCUUCCCCCGUGUCGGCCAGCAGCAGCAGCGGCAGCUCGACUGUCGCUGAGGUGAAGAAGGAGGAGCCCAAGAGCACGAGCGACUCGGACUCGGACUCGAGCUCGGACUCGGACUCGGACUCGGACUCGUCGUCCUCUUCGUCGUCUUCUUCUUCGUCCAGCUCUUCGUCUUCGUCCAGCUCUUCAUCGUCUUCGUCGUCUGACUCGGACUCAUCGUCGUCCGAGGAGGAGGACGCCAAGCCUGUUAUUGGCAAGCGCGCCCGCAGCGCUUCGUCGUCGUCGUCGUCGUCGUCUGAGGACGAGGCUCCCCCCGCCAAGAAGCGCGAGGUUGAGGAGUCGUCGUCGGCGCCCUCGGGCGUCUCGACCCCCUUCGCCCCCUCGGGAACCUCGACCCCCAACGGCGGCGAGAAGCGUGCCCGUGGCGGCGGCAACAACAACGUCCGCUUUGAGCGCAUCAAGCAGGACAACGUCACCUUCCACGACCAGCGCCUCAUGGACAACUCGUUCGACGCCCACAUCCGUAACGGCGCCAACACCAACGACUUUGGUGCCCGUGCUUCGCGCGACCUGAUCGUUACCCGCGGUGCUGGCUUCAGGAAGGAGAAGAACAAGAAGAAGCGCGGCUCGUACGCCGGUGGCGAGAUUACUCUCCAGACCCACUCCAUCAAGUUUGACGACUAA